GAAGAAAAUAUUUUAAAGUGAUAUCCGUUUUUAGGCCUCUGUUGGGAUGUUAAGAUAGGGAGACUUCUAACACUGACCCUCAUGGGGCCCUGGAUUAUAAUACUUUUGUGAUCUGUAAGUAUUUCCAGACUCAUGAUUCCUGUCAGAGCUGACUGUCUUCUUCUUUUAUGUCUAAACACCAGGUGACAUCCAAGCAGGCUCCAGCAACAGAAGAAGAGAUGGCUGUGACUCCUGAUGAUCUGUCCUCCAAGGUUUAUGGUGAAGAUGAUGAUGAUGAUGAUGAUGCUGCUGCUGAAGAUGGUGGUCCAACGGUGACAUCCAAGCAGGCUCCAGCAACAGAAGAAGAGAUGGCUGUGACUCCUGAUGAUCUGUCCUCCAAGGUUUAUGGUGAAGAUGAUGAUGAUGAUGAUGAUGAUGCUGCUGCUGAAGAUGGUGGUCCAACGGUGACAUCCAAGCAGGCUCCAGCAACAGAAGAAGAGAUGGCUGUGACUCCUGAUGAUCUGUCCUCCAAGGUUUAUGGUGAAGAUGAUGAUGAUGAUGAUGAUGCUGCUGCUGAAGAUGGUGGUCCAACGGUGACAUCCAAGCAGGCUCCAGCAACAGAAGAAGAGAUGGCUGUGACUCCUGAUGAUCUGUCCUCCAAGGUUUAUGGUGAAGAUGAUGAUGAUGAUGAUGAUGAUGCUGCUGCUGAAGAUGGUGGUCCAACGGUAAUGGAAAGAAUGAAUGUGAUUGAGUUCUUUAUAAAGUGCACUGAUAACUUGACACACCAGUUUCUAUUUGAUCUCCAUUUAGCUAACUGGUUUCACACACACACACACAAGGUUCAGGUCAUGUCUUAAUGGGGCCCUGUUAGGUACUCUUCCUUCAAAAGGGUUUUCCAACUUUUCUCUUCCACACACACACACCAAGUUUCAGUUCAUGUCCUUACUGGGGCCCUCCGUAUGGACCCCUCUAUAAGUGAUU